CUUAUCCCAAAUCAAAUUCCAUUAUCUCUCUCACUUUAAAUUCUCCUCCCUCUCUCUCUCUCUCACUCUCGCUAUCCCCACAAUGGUCUCCUCCUCCCAAAAGAUUCUGGUCACCGGUGGCGCCGGUUUCAUAGGCACCCACACCGUCGUCCAGCUUCUCAAUGGCGGCUUCACCGUUUCCAUAAUCGACAACUUCGACAAUUCCGUCAUGGAAGCGGUCGACCGGGUACGGGAAGUUGUAGGUCCCCACCUUUCUCAGAAUCUCCAAUUCACCCAGGGCGAUCUCAGGAAUAAGGAUGACUUGGAGAGACUCUUCUCCAAAACAAAAUUUGAUGCGGUGAUUCACUUCGCUGGCCUCAAAGCAGUAGCGGAAAGCGUUGCGAAGCCGCGUCGCUAUUUUGAUUUUAAUUUAGUUGGUACUAUCAAUCUCUAUGAGGUUAUGGCAAAGUAUAAUUGUAAAAAGCUGGUUUUCUCAUCAUCGGCAACCGUUUAUGGCCAGCCUGAAAAGAUACCAUGUGAGGAGGAUUUCAAGUUGCAAGCUAUGAAUCCCUAUGGACGGACCAAGCUUUUCCUGGAAGAAAUCGCCCGAGAUAUUCAGAAAGCUGAGCCAGAAUGGAGGAUCAUAUUACUGAGAUACUUUAACCCGGUUGGGGCUCAUGAAAGUGGUAAACUCGGUGAAGACCCAAAGGGUAUCCCGAAUAACCUCAUGCCAUAUAUUCAGCAAGUAGCUGUUGGAAGAUUGCCUGAACUCAACGUAUAUGGUCAUGACUAUCCCACUAGAGAUGGCUCUGCGAUCCGGGACUAUAUCCAUGUGAUGGACUUAGCAGAUGGUCAUAUUGCAGCCUUGAGAAAGCUCUUCACAACGGAAAACAUAGGUUGUACUGCUUACAAUCUGGGAACUGGUCGUGGAACAUCUGUGCUUGAAAUGGUUGCAGCAUUUGAAAAGGCUUCUGGCAAGAAAAUUCCGAUAAAGUUGUGUCCAAAAAGACCGGGAGAUGCUACGGAAGUUUAUGCAUCUACAGAGAAAGCUGAGAAAGAACUUGGUUGGAAGGCAAAAUAUGGUGUGGAGGAGAUGUGCAGGGACCAAUGGAAUUGGGCAAAGAACAAUCCUUGGGGUUACACAGGGAAGCCUUGAAUUUUCUUGGGAAAUAUACCUAUCUUCUAUGAGUGUUCUCAAUUAUCUUGGGAAAUAUACCAAUCUUCUAUGAGUGUUCUCUACACAAAAUAGGCUUUUCUUUAUAGAAAACUUUUAUAUGUUGGAUGAUUUGUUUAGGCAUUGUACAAGAGAAUAAAAAAUUGGCAGCAUUUGAAGAAGUAAAGCUAUGUAUUAAACAAUAUUUUUAAAUUAGACCGUCUUUUAUAUAGAGUUCAUCCACUCAA